UGUAGGGGAAGCCAUUAACCACCAUGUCAGGGACAUUGUUUCUGGAGAUAGACAAGAUCCGGGCUUUAUCCACAGCAAUGGACGACAUGCCAUCAGUAGUCCCGGAGCAUCUGUUAGAAAUUUGAACCGUUCUGUCCACAAGCUGCUGGAUGCCUCUAUAGCACCUGCAACAGCUAAUAGUUAUAAGAAUGCUUUACGGCACUAUAACCGCUUUCACAACACAUAUUAUCCAACAGACAGGUUGUUGCCAAUAUCAACAACCCGAAUAUGUCAAUUUAUUGCAUAUUGUCAUGACAGGCAAUUCAAGUGUUCGUCUAUCACAUCCAUGGUCUCAGCAUUAGCCUAUAUUCACAAUAUUUGUGAUAGGAAAGAUCCUACAAAAGCAUUCGUGGUUAAAAAAAUCUUAUUUGGUUUGCGUAAAAUUCAAAAUACAGAUAAAAGGUUACCAAUUUCUUAUGACAUCUUACGGCAGAUGGUUCAAGUUUUGCCCCAGGUUAUGGUCAACCCCGAAUUACGUUUACUGUGCCAGACUAUGUUCGUAGCAGCUUUCUUUGCUUUGUUACGUAUAGGGGAAAUUACUGUCACACAAUCGGGGGACCGCAAUACAAUUUUGUUGAAGAAUGUCAGUUUCCAGUAUAUCAAUCACAAACCUAUGAAGGCGUCUUUAGUCUUGGGCAGCUUCAAACAUUCCCAAGGGGUGUCAGCUACAGUAUCGGUUAAACGUCACAAAAAUAAGAACACAUGUCCGGUGCGAUUAUUGCAUAAAUACAUCAACAGUUGCAAUCACACCACAGGAACGUUAUUUAAGUUUCCAUGUGGCCGUCCAGUCACUGACAUUUUUUUUAAAUCUGAUUUACGUGAAUGUAUUCAGAAAUGUAGGUUAGAUUCAGCAUUAUAUACACCUCAUUCAUUUCGUAUAGGGGGCGCAACUCAUGCGUAUGACUGUAAUCUGUCUGAUUCUAGGAUCAGGUUUUUAGGCAAAUGGAAAUCAAAUGCUUAUCAGAAAUAUAUUCGGCCUUCAAAUUCAUUAACAUAGAAGUAUGGGGGUUUGGUAGAGGGAUAUAUCUCCCCUCUUUGGUUUACCAAAUUCAUGGUACUAGUUAAAAAUAGAAAUAGCUUUAUUUAAAAUAAAUACCUCGGACACAUUUUGCCAGUUUAAGAGGUACCGAUUGUCAUGUCUGGUGGAGCCAGCAUGGCCUGUGACAGUAUUCUUGUCUGGUGGAGCCAGCAAGUUUUGUUAUAUUUGCGGACUUGGACAGAUAUAUAACUUUGAUCUCGUGAAUCAUUUAUUUUACAUUCUUGUGUUAGUUUGU